UCUGCAGGGAACAGAUUCAGCUCUGCAGUUUCCCAGCAAAAUCAGGAUUACUGCACCCCGGCUGAAGAAAGAAUCUAGAAACAUGCUGUUACAGCUCGCAGCCCUUUUAAUUUUAGGGGCAUGGGGUCUCGCAGAUGUGCCUGAGCUGGGAGAUGUUUGCACAGAGGGGAGCUGUUAUCCUGCCACAGGAGAUCUUCUCAUUGGAAGAGCACACCAACUCUCAGCCACCUCCACAUGCGGACACCAGAAACCUGAGCUUUUUUGUAUCGUCAGUCAUUUGCAGGAAGAGAAGAAGUGCUUUGUGUGCGAUUCCAGGGGAACCUACGAUGAAAGCACGCACCAAGUAACCAGCCACAGAAUCGAAAAUGUCGUGACUACGUUCGCCCCGAACCGCCUCAAGACUUGGUGGCAGUCAGAAAAUGGCCUUGAGAACGUCACAAUCCAGUUGAACCUGGAGGCAGAGUUCCACUUCACCCACCUCAUCAUGACCUUUAGAACAUUCAGACCUGCUGCUAUGGUGAUCGAACGGUCGUCAGACUUCGGGAAGACUUGGCAAGUGUACCGUUACCUCGCCUAUGACUGCGAGACCUCCUUCCCCUUCGUCUCUCAAGGACCCAUGACCAAAGUGGACGAUGUUAUCUGCGAUUCCCGCUACUCCGACAUUGAACCCUCAACUGAGGGUGAGGCCAUCUUUAGGGUUUUGGAUCCAGCCUUCAGGAUUGAUGAUCCCUACAGCCCCAGAAUUCAAAACAUGUUAAAGAUCACUAAUCUGAGGGUGAAGUUCACGAAGCUGCAUACUCUCGGGGACAAUCUUCUGGACUCACGUAUAGAGAUCAAGGAGAAGUACUACUAUGCGAUUUAUGACAUGGUGGUGAGAGGAAACUGUUUUUGCUAUGGUCACGCAUCCGAAUGCGCACCCAUCGAUGGAGCUGUAGAGGUCAUGGACGGCAUGGUCCAUGGCCAUUGUAUGUGUAAUCAUAACACCAUGGGGCUGAACUGUGAGCGCUGUCAGGACUUUUACCAUGACCUGCCCUGGAGACCCGCAGAGGGACGCAACACCAACGCCUGUAAAACCUGUAACUGUGAUCCGGUCGGCUCUCUCGACGGUGGAGUGUGUGAUCCGCUGACAGACGUGUCUCUCGGGCUGAUCGCGGGUCAGUGUCGCUGCAAGCCUAAUGUGGAGGGUGAGCGCUGUGACCAGUGCAAACAGGGCCAUUACGGACUCAGCGACGACCCUCUGGGAUGCCAGCCAUGCACAUGCAAUGCUUUGGGGACGGUUCCAGGUGGAAGUCCAUGUGAUACAGACUCAGGAAACUGCUACUGUAAACGUCUGGUUACCGGAAGGAACUGUGACCAGUGUCUGCCUCAGCACUGGGGUCUCAGUAACGACAUGGAUGGCUGCAGACCAUGUGACUGUGAUCAUGGUGGUGCAAUCAACAACAAUUGCUCUCCAGAAACGGGUCAGUGUCAGUGUCGCGAGCACAUGUUUGGCAGACGCUGCGACCAGGUGGAAUCUGGUUUUUACUUCAUCGCUCUGGACCACUACACUUAUGAAGCUGAGGACGCCAAGUUUGGACCUGGUGUGACGGUUGUCCCGAGACCCCAGCCUCAGGACAGAUCCCCUACUUGGACUGGCAUUGGUUUUGUGAACGUUCCUGAAGGUGCCUAUCUUGAGUUCAGCAUCGACAACAUCCCCUACUCUAUGGAGUAUGACAUUAUCAUCCGAUAUGAGCCUCAGCUGCCAGAGCAGUGGGAGGAAGUGUUGAUGACUGUCAUCAGGCCUCGCGUCAUUACCGCCGACAGCCGCUGUGCAAACACAAUGCCCGACGAUGACAACCAGGUGGUGUCUCUGCAUCCCGGAUCCAGGUAUGUGGUGCUGUCUAGGCCUGUGUGUUUUGAAGAAGGCUUGAACUACACCGUGCGCUUGAGUCUGUCUCGCUACUCGGCUCUCAGCGAUGUGCAGUCGCCGUACACCCUCAUCGACUCGAUCGUCCUCAUGCCACACUGCAAAAACCUGGAUAUUUUCUCUGGCUCUGGGUCAGAGGGUGGAGACAUGGUGACCAACAGCGCCUGGGAAACCUUCCAGCGCUACCGCUGUUUGGAGAACAGCCAAGCAGUGAUAAAAACCCCCAUGACUGAUAUCUGCAGGAAUUACAUCUUCAGUGUGUCGGCUUUUCUGCACGAGGGAGUUAAAGCCUGUCAGUGUGACCCGCAGGGGUCUCUCAGCACGGUUUGUGAACCGAGCGGUGGCCAGUGCCAGUGUCGGCCCAACGUGGUUGGCAGGAACUGCGACAAAUGCGCCCCAGCGACCUUCCUUUUUGGGCCACAAGGCUGCAGGCCAUGUGAUUGCAGUCCUGAGGGGUCUGUCUACUCCUUCUGCCACGAGGCCAGCGGUCAGUGCGAGUGUAUUCCCGGAGCGUAUGGGCGGCAGUGCGACCGCUGUCUGCCAGGAUACUGGGGAUUCCCUAACUGUCGCCCCUGCACUUGCAAUGGCCACGCUGAGCAGUGCGACCUGCUCACGGGACAGUGUCUGUCCUGCAGGGACCACACCACUGGACACCACUGCGAGAGGUGUUUGAAUGGCUACUAUGGUGACCCCGUCCUGGGCUCUGGAGACCACUGCCGCCCCUGCAUGUGUCCGGACGGUCCUGGCAGCGGAAGACAGUUCUCCGGCGCGUGUUAUAAGAGCCUCGACUCCAACCAGGUGUUCUGCGUCUGCAACCAGGGAUAUAAAGGUGCCAGGUGUGAAGAAUGCGCCCCUGGUUAUUACGGAAACCCACACGAGGUGGGCGGAGAAUGUCGGUCCUGUCAGUGCAACAACAACAUCGACAUGAUGGACCCAGAGUCCUGUGACGCCCGAUCGGGCGCUUGUCUCAAAUGCCUGUACCACACCGAUGGCGAGGGCUGCAACCGCUGCAGGCUCGGUUAUCACGGCAAUGCACUGACCCAGAGCUGCAGAAAGUGUGUGUGUAAUCAUAUGGGCUCUGUUGAGGAGACGUGCCCCUCUCCGGGUAACUGCAACUGUGACUUGAACAGCGGUCAGUGUCAGUGUCUUCCUAACGUGGUGGGCCAGAACUGCGAUCAGUGCGCACCGGACACCUGGAAUAUGGCCAGCGGGAGAGGCUGCGAGGCCUGCGACUGCGACCUCAACCAUUCCUUCAGCUCGUCGUGCAAUGAGAUUAUGGGCCAGUGCUCUUGUAAACCCGGGUUUGGCGGCAGAACCUGCCGAGAGUGUAGAGAGCUGUUCUGGGGAAACCCUGAGGUCAAAUGCCACGCAUGUGAUUGUGACCCAAGAGGCAUCGCGGAGCAGCAGUGCAACAAGGUCACAGGUCACUGCGUUUGCGUGGAAGGUGUUUCCGGGCCCCGAUGUGACUCAUGCGCUCGAGGCUACACGGGCGAGUUCCCACACUGCGAGCGCUGCCACCAGUGCUUCACCGAAUGGGAUGUAAUUGUGGGCGACCUCACCAACCAGACCCACAGACUGGUCCAGAAAGUCAAUACCAUCAAAGCCGCCGGCAUUACGGGACCCUACCAGGCCACCAUCAAUAAUGUUGAAAGCAGCGCCAACUCGAUCCGCAACAUUCUGGCCCAGAAUCCAGCCACUCAGCCUCUAACGGAGAUCCAGGGACUUCUCGAACAAGCAACUGCCUUGAUGGCUGAAAUGAACACCAACCUUAACCUGACAGAGGAGACCUUGUCCGAGAUCUCAUCCGACAACAACAGCACGGACACCAAACUUAAGUUCCUCAAAGAAGAAGCUCAGAAACUGGAACAGACGGUGAAGGACCUUCAGAAGCAGGUGGAGUUUGUGAAGAAUUCAGACAUUCGGGGGGCCAGAGCCAGCGUGACUCAAUACUAUGAGCAGUCCCAGAUGGCAGAGAUCCGUGCGAAUGCCUCCACCAUUGACCCAGACAACCUGGUCAAUCAGUCUGCCACCCUGCGGACAGAAACAGAGGACUUGAUGAACCAGACCAAAGAAGAGUUCAUUCAAAGGCAGGAUGAGUUUGCGAAGAAACUGGACAACCUCGCUGGACAGCUGGAGACUCUGGACCUGACUGAUCUUAGCGAGAAGACAUGUGGCAGUCCAGCUGGCUCAGAGAACUGUGCCGACUCCCCCUGCGGAGGCCUGAGCUGUGUGGAUGGGGAAGGAAACAGGAAGUGUGGAGGAGAGGGAUGUGAUGGCCUCGCCACGCUGGCCCACAAUGCCUGGCAGAAAGCCAAGGACUUUGACCUGGAGAUUAUGAGCGCUAUGGAGGAAGUGGACAAGCUCUCCAAAAUGGUGUCAGAGGCAAAGGUAAAAGCAGAUGAAGCAAAGCUUAAUGCUCAAGAAGUGCUGGCAAAAACCAAUCAGACCAAAAAGCGUGUGGAUGGAAGCAACGAGGAGCUACGCCAACUCAUCAAACAGAUCCGAGACUUCCUCACUCAAGAUGGAGCGGACCUGGAAAGCAUCGAGGCUGUGGCCAAUGAAGUUCUGCAGAUGCAGAUGCCCACCACUCCAGCCCAGCUGCAGAACCUGACCGCAGAGAUCAGGGAGCGCGUGGGCAGCUUGACAGAAGUCGAGGACAUCCUCAACCAGAGUGCUGCUGACAUACUGAGAGCAGAAAGCCUGCUGGAACAAGCCCGCAAGGCCAGGUCUGAGAUCUAUUCAGUCAUCUACAUCAAUCCCAGAGAACAACAGCAAGAUACCACCAUGCAGCAGUCCAGCAAUGGCAUGCAGAAACACCAGCCAAACUGA